AUGAAUAAAAAGCAAAUUUUUAAUGAAACAAAAGCAUAUGAAGACAAUGAAGGUUACUCAUUAAGAGAAAUAUACAGUACAUGUGCACAGACAUUUUCAAGUUAUAAAACAAUAACAAAAAUAAAAGAAUAUGGAUUACCACCGGAAAAAUAUGAUAAAUGUGGUAUUAUUCCUGAUUUAUCUUUAAUAUGGUAUGCAUACAAUUAUAGGCUCUCAUUUUUUAAAUAUGAAUUAAAUGAAUGUGAGGAACUACCCCCAUUUUCAAGUAAAGUUCUUUUUAUUGAUGUAUUUAAACCCAAACAAGGCAUUUUUAAUAGUAAAAUAAUAUUCUGUCUUAUGAUUCUUACAGAAAAUCAGAUUAUUCUUUAUGGUGUUGAUCGUGAUAGUAAAUCACUUAUUAACACUAACUUUGUAAUUUCUGUACCCUCUACGCCAGUAUGUUAUGUAUUAAAAAAUGGGAGUAUAUAUUUGGGCUGUGAGAAUGGAAAUGUAUACGAAGUAAUUUACAAGAGUUUAGAUUCCUGGUCAUUUAAACUAAUGUAUUUGUAUUCACCUGAUACUUCUAUUAUAUCAAAUAUUGUACCAUCAAUUUUUAAGCGUAAAAAACAUAAAAUUAUUGCAAUGAGUGCUAAUACAAAAUAUUUAAUAACACUAAGUAAAAAAGUAAGUGUUUACAAUAUAGAAGGUGGGAUAUUUAAAGUGAAAGAUAUCUUUUUAUAUAAAGAAUAUAUUGAUAUACAGAUUAUAGAAGAAAAAUACGGAGAAGUAUUUUUUUAUUGCGUAAUGCGCGACGGAACGAGGGAUUUUUACGAUACAAAACAUCUUUUUACGAAAAGUUGUUUUUUAGACGACACUGAACAAAAUCAAGAUUUAAAAAUUAAAACGGCAGGAGAUAAAUUCAUUAUUCUUCAUAAAAAUAAAUAUAAAGGAACACUUAUACAUUUCGUUUCGCUUAAUUUAUAUCAACAAAUCAAUAUGGAUAGAGGUAAACCAUGUGAAAAUCAAGAAUUAAUUUCUUUACAAAGCGAAAUAUAUGACUGUUUUUUUUAUGAAAAAGACUUUUUUGUGCUCACAAAAACUAAGCUUAUUUUUUAUGAAAUAUUAGAUUUAAAACGAUAUGUAGCUGUCAGUCGCGUAGAAGAUGUUUACAAUUUGCUAAAAAAUUUAGGAAUUAGAGAAUCACUUGUUUUAUAUUUUGAUCUUCUAUCCGUCAAAUCAGAUACUACAAAGUUAGAAUAUUUAAUUAUAAAAAUUGAUGAUAAUCAUAUUAAAGGAUUAUUUUCUUUUAUCUAUCGACAAUUAAAAUUUGUCUUAGAAGUUCCUGUUAAAGACAUUAUAGAAAAUGAAAAUUUAAAAGGGGAUCUAGAUUUAAUUGUACAGAAAUUUAAAAACUUGUGUAAUAAGUUAAAACAAAAAGAUUUAGAACUUGGAUUAUCUAUUAUGAACAUUUUUAUACAGAGUGUAUUUUAUAUUAAUUUAUUAUUAGAAUAUGGAAUUAAUACUGAAAAUAUUACUUUUUUUAAAUUAAUUUUUAAUGAAGAAGCAGAAUUUAAAAAGAAGUCACUUGAUACUUUAAUGGAAAUAUUUAAAACUAAUAACAGUUUAGACUCCUUAAUUAAUCUUUUAAGUAAUAAAGCACCAGAUUAUUUACCGCUUAAUGAAAUUUAUUUUCAUAAAGGAUUUGAUCUUCUAAAAAAAUAUCCAUCUAAAGAUAAACUUUGGGAAGCUUUGAAAAAUUUUAAGAAUGUGCCUUUUAAUUUAGAAAUUAUAUCUAAAUUUAAUGACUUGAAAUUUUAUACUGGAUCGGUAAUAUUAAUUAGAAAACAUUUUAACUUUGAUCACGAGGAGACAGUAAAAUAUUUAAGAACGUGUGUUUUAUGCAAUGGUUCAAUUUCUAAAUGUCUUGAAGACAAAAGAGAAGACUUUUUAUAUGCAUUUUUUGAUGCAUUAAUAGCAAAUUUAUUAGUUACAGAAAUAAAGACAGAAUGUGCUUGUUGCGAAAUGAAUACAAAUCUAAAAAUUACUGAUAUAAUUAAAUUAGAAUCUAAAUUUUUAAAUAAGUAUUUAUUAGAAAAGACAGAAACACAUUCUAAUCCUUUAGUCUAUGAAUUAUAUUGGAAAUAUUGUGCGUACAGAGACGACAGAAUUAAUGCAGUAAAAUCUUUAUUAUGGCUUAUAGAUUUUAAGCCUAUAACCUUAGAAAAAAGAAUUGAUUUAUUACAAAAAGCCAAAACUGUCUCUUUACAUACUACUUAUCAAGAUGAUAUUAAAAGAAGAUGCAGUUUAAAGGAUAUACAAUUAAAAUUAAUUGAAAAGGGUGAAGAUAAUAAACCCAUAAAAAUUUCAUUAUUGUCAGCUGAUAUUUUAUUGAAUGAUUAUGCAUAUAAAUAUCCUGAUCUUGCUUUACAAAUCAUCGAUCAGUCACUUUUCACGCACAAUUCCGUCAUAAAAAGUUUACUUCAAAAAAGCAUGGAGGGAGAUUUUAAAUCGGCAGUUAAAUUUUUAACUGUUAAUAAAUUUCAUGGUACAGUGUUUAACUGUGAGAUUAUUGGAGACAUAUUACUUGAUAAAAUGACACAAGGAAAUUCGCUUUCUAAAACACUGUGCGAAAUAGGAUUUAGCUACAGUGAAAUACAAAAAUACAUUGAAAAGAAAAUAAAACAGGAUGACGAUGUAGAAUUUAAAAAUUUUUUAAUAGAAGAUUUUCGCGGAGUGAGUGAUGAUAAGAAAUAUUUUAAACAACUUGAGCAACUCGUUGCAAAAAAUUAA